AUGAUGAUGGGGGUGGAAAAUCUAGCGGUCGCCGCAUUGGUGGUGACAGCAUUCCUCUCUGAGACCGUUGUGGCUCAAUCGACCGCCGACAUUUUGAAUCAACUACAGGCCAACGGCGUCAACAUUACUCUCCUAAACAGUACAAGUCCUAUCAUUCAAAGAUCCCAGAAUGGUUGCUCUCUUCUGUCAUCCGUCUUGGUCAGACUAUUCCCCAGCAAGACCCUUAUUUCUGGUGAGACUGCCUUCGCCAAUUGGACGGAAUCAUUUUGGUCUCAGCAACAAGAGGAAGUUGCUCCACAAUCAAUUUUCAAAGCAGCCAACGCUAUUGAUGUCUCGUCAGCAGUACUCUUGGCGGAAUUAUUCUCCUGUCCCUUUGCUGUGAAAAGUGGUGGCCAUGCUGCCUUCAGUGGCGCGUCCAGUAUUCAAGGAGGGCUUAACAUUGACCUUGGUGCGCUGGAUAGCAUAACCCUAAACAAAGACCAUACCAUAGCCUCUGCUGGAGCUGGUAACGUCUGGGUUGAUGUUUAUGACUAUCUGGAGCCAUACGGUCUGUCUGUCAUUGGAGGCCGUGUCUCGACUAUCGGCCUCGGUGGCUUGACAACAGGAGGUGGUAUCUCGUUCUUCUCUCAAGAGUAUGGAUGGGCUUGCGACAACGUCGUUAACUACGAGCUUGUCCUCGCAUCUGGUAUUAUCAUUAACGUCAACAAGUCCUCCUACCCUGAUCUCUAUUGGGCCUUGCGCGGCGGUGGUAACAACUUUGGCAUCGUCACUCGCUUCGACCUCAGCACUCAUGUCCAGGGCUCCCUUUGGAGUGGAUCGUUGAUCUAUAUGUCUGAUUAUACCAACCAAGCCAUUGAUGCCUUCUACAACUAUGGUAUUAAUGCUGCCAGUGACCCCAAAUCGGCCGUCAUCAUGAAUUGGGCAUACACACAAGGCCUAUUCCUGGCCGUAGCUGACCUUGAAUACGCAAAUGCUACCAUCAACCCACCCAUUUUCCAGAAUUUCACUGCCAUUUCAGCAUUCGAGAACACCAUGGCAGUUCGCACCCUGCCUGAAGUAACCGCUAUGUUCCAAGCGUCCAAUCCGGAUGGCCUGCGUGAAAGCUACUGGACUGCCACUUUUGCUUUCACCAAGGAAAUGAUCGCUUACUGUGUAGAGACCUUCGAGACUGAAGUAGUCCGCGCCGCUGGCGCGACUGGCUAUCUUCCCGCCCUUGUCCUGCAAGUAAUCACCCCCGAGACGACAACUCAAAUGCAGAAGAAUGGCGGCAAUGCCCUUGGUCUUUCUCCUUCAGACGGCAACCUUCUCCUCCUCAAUCUGUCAUUUAUGUGGGCCGAUAUUGCAGAUGACAACCUCAUCCUCAAUAUCCUAGGCACUAUUACCAGCAAAACGAUUGCAUACGCCAAAGCUAACGGACUUUACAAUCAAUAUCUGUACAUGAACUAUGCCAGCCAGUAUCAAGCUGUGAUUCCAUCCUACGGUACAACCAACUUCAACAGGCUGAAAAGUGUGUCUGCCAAAUACGACCCAUUCCAGGUCUUCCAGAAACUACAGCCAGGCUAUUUCAAGCUGAAUACCGCCGCACCCAAUACGACGUACCCGGCCUAG